AUGUCUAAGUCAUCUGCAUCUAUCAACGAAAAAAACAGUCUGUCUCUCCAACAAAGAGAUGAAGGGGAAAGUGACCUAGAGCAGACUGAUGAUAUCACGGAUGACUCGGCAAGUUCAUACUACACUGCUCUUUGUUCUCUGAGUGAGUACAGUGAAGCUUUAGGGGACACAACACACACUGUCUCUACAGAGCGUCCUGCUGAAGGUGGCACAUUUGAGUUCUUGGACUGCAUUACCACUAUGGAAAGCAUCACUUCAAGAUCCUUGAUCACAGAAACCACACUAUCACAGGACUGCAAAACACAAGAAGAGAAGAGUACAGAAGUGCUCCCUGAUGUGUCCCAAUGUGACCAGGAUAAACCUUCAUCAACUGAGAGAGCAUUAGAAUCGGAGUCAAAACAUCUGCUGUCAGGUACAACAGCAACAAAUGUGGAUUUGCAGUCUGUAAAGGCAGCCUUUAGGAACCCUGUGCAAAAGCUGGAUAAUUCUGACGAGCUUAAUUUAUCAGGAGAAGAUUCAUUGGUUAAACCGAGGGAUUAUUUUGGAGGCAGCAGGACUGUAUUUCAUACUAACAUUAGAACCGCUGAGGAGCACAGCUCCCCAGAACCCAUAUUCACUUCAAACACUAUUUUGAUAACGCCUGGGAGAAAUCAAUACAGCAAGGGUAGGGAACAGGAGCAUGGUGGCACAGAGCCAAAAGAGAACCACGCGACACAAAAGCAAAGACCCAGGGAACGUUUGAGUGCACCCAGGCUUGAGAGAGGCGGGCAUAUUCUGGGUCAUACGGAAAAGGAGGGGGAGGGCCAGGGUAGAGGGGUGAGUUGCGGAAAGGAGCAGGUUGAGCUGUCAGUCAGGUCUAGAAAUAGAAAAGCGUCUGCAAACUGCAUCUCAACACUCACAGCCAGCAAGCAGGAGUCAAGAAUCCCACCGCACUGUUAUUCAGAGCGUAUCCCCGCAACCAGGCACCAACACCAGCUACAGAGACUCGCUGAUACUCGGACGUUGGAAAAGCAGAGCCGGCAAGGGGCCUGGCAAUCCAGACCACUCUCCUGCAAGCUGUGUUGCAGCUCUUGGCAACCCUGUCACACUACAGACAAUACCAGAGGAUCAACCAGCAUGGGAACAAAGCUUGCUGAGGCCAGUAGUAAGGUGGGGGCCCUUGUUAACCAGGCCCAGGUAAGAUCUUCCUGUUCUGAAACUGACUACAUGCAUGUUUUCAGUUCAAGCUGUAGGCCCUCAAGUCAGCCCUCUGCUGAGGAAAACCACAACAAUUGGACAGAUGAUGUUCUCUCUUUUAAAAUGCAGAUGUAUUCAAACACUCAAAACACAUCUGCUUGCUCAGAAUCCAGCAGCUUUGAGUGUGUUGAUGUGGCAUUGGAAACUACAGAUGAAGUAAACCGGGGCUUAAAGACUGUGCCCAAAAGACAAAUCCAACUGAAGAGACGGGACACAGCAGAGGCGCAUGCCAGAGAGAACAACAAUCAAACCCUUCAGGUUGCAAACACACCUGUGCGUGCCCGGGACAUAUUUCAGCGUCAACAUAGCACCCCUGCAGCUUUUAACCAGGGGUCCCAUGUGGCCGAUCAAAGGUCAGUACAGGCUGAGCGAAAGCAAAGGCUUCAGAAGUCAUUUUCCCUGGAUGAAACCUCCAGCAAAACCCAGAUGGCUUCCUGCAUCAUAACAAAUGUCCUAUCAAAAAAAAUGCAACAUGAACAGAAUCUUCGCACCUUGGAUGUUUCUGAUAAAGCUUUUGCUUCUAUCAAAGUGAACAACAGGCCUACUACCACUGAGGAAUGCAUCUAUUUGUCUGGCAAGGAGAUAUAUGCUGAAACUACCAAACUAAAUCAAAGUGCAACUCUUAAGAGGGAGGCCCAGAGAGAGUGCAGCCCUGUUCAAAAGCACUGCAGUGUUAACUCAAAAACACAACCCAAGCUGCUGAGCAAACAUGGCUUCAAUCCUCUUUUAAGCACAACUGGCAGGUCUGAAGCUCAAGGCAGUGGCACUGAAAUAACCGACCCUUCAGAGAAUGAGAAAGCAGAGAAGUUGAGCCCAAGAGAGGAGGUGUUGCGGCUGCCUAACCUGAGCCCUGGAGGGAAGCUAUCUUGUGACUCAGCAAAGGGCAGAGCAUGGAAUUCGAGUGCAGCAACAAACGUAGCCAUCAGCACACAGACCUCUGUGAAAACCACACCUGAAGAAUGUCAUACAGGGCAAGGAAUCCAUAAACAACACAAUAUGACCCUAACCAAUGUGCUGGAAAAGCAGGAGCAACAGGCUGGUACCAUGGAAAGUACACUCAGUCCUACCAAUAUUGCAUGCCUAAUCUCUGAUUUGGAAGCAAAAGCAGUGGAUAACACAAUCCCGCAAGCUGAUGAGAGCAGUGUUGGAAAGGAGCAAGAGAGUGACAGAGAGGAAGUCAAGUCACCAGGAGAGUCUGCAAUCCUAGGUAUGCAAAGCCAAGGCAAAUUGAAAGCCAUGGCCCCUGUGCAUGUAGUAAGAGACAUGAGAAGCCUAGUGAAAAACACAUACAACAUGUCCUUCAAAGGUGCAGGGGAAUCAGCCCAUGGAAUAGAUGUGAGUGCUCUUUUGUUUCAGCCAUCAGUACACAAUUUAAGCAACAACAAGGGUAAAGGUAAGGGAAAGGGAUACAGAUCAGAAGAAAACCCCCUGGUACGGAAAGUCACUCCACCUCUUUCACUGGACAGAAGGGGGGAUCAUUCUGCAACGAGAGGAUGCUCGACUAAGGUAAUGCCUCCUGUAGAAUCGAAUGACAAAAGUCAUACUGUUGGAUUUACAAAGGUCAGCCCAAUUAGUAUAACCAAGGCAAACAGCUGUGCCUUGUCAAAGCCCUCAGAGACACAGGAUAGCCAAGUUGGCAUGAGUAAACCUGAUGUUGUAGUCAGCGAUACAAACUUGAAACUGACAAACGGGACAGACCUGGCACUGAAAGCUAAAGAGGAGGCCUCUACUGAGAGGCCUACAAAAGGAGACGUGAACAAGGCAGAGCAUGAGAUGACCAUCAGCUCUGACAAACUCUUCCCAGUAGCUCUGCAAUAUUGUCCACCCACAGCAAGUUCUGAGCAACAGGACUAUGGCAAGAUAAUCAGUGAUGGCCUCCAGACCCCAUGCCUUCCUCCCAGGUCACAAAGUUCAGUGGGGCCUCUGUCUGCUUGCGUCCUAACGGUUGCUUCAACACCCAUGGUUCCCUCAUAUUAUUACAAACCCAGUCCGCUGGGUUACCAGACAAUCUCUCCUCAUAUUGGAGCCGUUCAUGGCUAUGUUCAAGGGCCUGUCAUGUUUCAAACACCUCUUUACAACCAGCCCUCUGCAUCAAACAGUCAUACCCCCCUACUGAGAUCCCUCUCUGAGGAUGGAACAACGUUAGUGCAGCCAACAGAUGGCUCAACCAGUCAAGCUCAGAACGGGGAAGCAGGGAUGAAAAUAUCUUCUCCAGAAAGCCAACACAACACAAUCUUUGUUGCUCCCAUGAGUGCAGAAGCCAGGCUUGGGGUUACAGGUGUGCUGUAUCCAGACGCAGGAGGAAGUGUUGCAGCAGGACAAACCCCCCGCCAACUGUUGCUCGACCCGGAAACCGGCAGCUAUUUCUAUGUGGACUUGCCUCAGCUGCCACAGCGCAAGAUGCUGUUUGAUCCAGAAACUUGCCAGUAUGUCGAGGUCCUACUGCCACAGCAGACGCUUCCCAGUGCCGUUUUGCCCACACCCUGUGCCAUACCCUUUGCCUCUCUUCACAUCCCACCCAUGUACACCCCACAGUGCUUACCUUACGUACAGUCACAUCCUCAGGUGCUCCCACCACCAGGACAAUGAAACCUGAUGGGACCUAUAGACUGUAAAAGACAAUAAGUCAUG